AUGAGUAAUCACCCUGCCUCUACCAGACCUCCAUAAUAGGCUUAACGACCUGCUCCAUAACAUCCAAUUGCCUACUCACCUCCUAGAACCUAUGCACCACCAGCAGGAUUUGCAAGUCCUUCAUAUUUACCAAUUUAACAAUCUUUUGUUGGUUCACCUGUUCAAUACAUCCCAUAACCAGUAGCUGUUCAACCAGUAGCUGUUCAACCAGUUGCUGUUCAACCAGUCGCUGUUUAACCAGCCUAAUAGGUCAUCAAGGGAGAAAGCAGAAUUGAAUAUAUCCCUUAUGAGAAAUCAGUUAUUGAAUAUGAAGAAGUCAGAUAAAGAAUCUAGGUCCCAAGGGAAAAAUACGUAACAGAAUAUUAAGCCAUUGAAUAUCAAACAGAAUACAUUCCUUAGGUUUUCUAUGAUAAAGUUACAGAAUAUAUCCCUGUGGAUAGAUUUUAAGAUAGAGUAGAAUAUUAUCCAGUUGAAAGACAAGUGGUUCAUCAACCAGUUCAACAAGUAGUAGCAUAACCUGUUGUUUAAUCGGUGGUUCAAUAAGUUCCUUAAUAUGUCGCUCCAGUUUAAUCAGUUGUUCAACCUGUGUUCUAACAACCCCAAUUUUAAUAUGCUCCCUAUGUCUAACCUAAUUUUGCCCCUUCCAGAAUUGCUCCCGUCUCUUAUGCUCCUCCAUUGUCAUAUGGCCAUCCAGUAUCACAUCCAAGAAGACAUUCUCCUCCUGCAAAACCAUUACCUGCCUAAAAGCCAUAGCCAUAAAAGGAAAAAAAGUCCUUUUUAGACAAUAUCUUUAGUUGAUAUUUAUUUAUGUACAGAACAUAUUAUAACUAAACCUUAUUAAA